CGCUCACGGUGCGUGGCGGGUAGUAGCUGAAGUCCAGUAGUUACAGUUACGAGGGACAGCUGUAAAUCUAACAUGGGCCUGCCGCUCACAAAUGCACCGCUCUAGGCUCUGAGCUUGCAGCCCCGGAGCUUAGGGUCUCGGACAGGGCUUCCUGCAGGACCGCGGCCUGCGGAGGCUUCGGUGUGCUGUGCUACGGUGGCCGCGCAGGGCCGCGGGCCGACGUCCAGCGGUGCGUACGCGCUGUUCCGAGCCGCUGCUGGAGCCGACGCGCGUCUAGUGUGGGGACUCCUGCGCGGCUGGACAGUUAUCCAGUCCCGUGUCGCCGAGGGGUCGGCUCGAGGCUGGCGGAGUGGCGAAGGUUGGAGCUUGGUGUUUGUAGUCUACGAAUGGCGGGUUCUGGGGGCGGCCCUGCCCUUGGUGCAGACCCGUGGCCAACCGUCUGGGUUCCUGGAGGGUUUUGGAGCCUCUCUGGAUUCUGCUUCCUCCUGAGGGUUAUCUUCUGACUCCUCCUCGCCCUUUGAACUUAUAUUGGAUUUUCUAAAAGAAUGGAAUCAAGUGAUGGCUUUUUCUCCAGAAUUUGAAUAUGGAGGCUUCAGGAACAGAUGAAGUUGACAAGCUAAAAACUAAAUUUAUAUCUGCUUGGAACAAUAUGAAAUAUAGUUGGGUGUUGAAAACAAAGACAUAUUUUAGUAGAAAUUCACCUGUUUUAUUGCUUGGAAAAUGUUAUCAUUUUAAAUAUGAAGAUGAAAGCAAGAUGUUGCCUGCAAGAUCAGGAUGUGCCAUUGAAGAUCAUGUAAUUGCAGGGAAUGUGGAAGAAUUCCGUAAGGAUUUCAUUUCUAGAAUAUGGCUGACCUACAGGGAAGAAUUUCCUCAAAUCGAAGCUUCAGCCUUGACGACAGACUGUGGCUGGGGCUGCACGCUGCGGACUGGCCAGAUGCUGUUGGCUCAAGGACUCAUACUACAUUUUCUCGGUAGAGCUUGGACCUGGCCCGAUGCGCUGCAUAUUGAGAAUUCAGACUCUGACUCAUGGACUUCCAACACUGUCAAAAAGUUUACCGCAUCGUUUGAAGCCUCACUUUCAGGGGACAGAGAACUCAGAACUCCAGCAGUUUCUCUGAAGGAAACGUCUGGGAAGCGUCCUGAUGACCGUGCAGUGCGGAAUGAGGCUUAUCACAGGAAGAUCAUCUCUUGGUUUGGAGAUUCCCCUGUGGCCGUCUUUGGCUUGCAUCGACUGAUAGAGUUUGGGAAGAAGUCUGGGAAAAAAGCUGGCGAUUGGUACGGACCAGCGGUGGUUGCUCACAUUUUAAGAAAAGCAGUUGAAGAAGCAAGGCAUCCGGAUUUGCAAGGGCUAACUAUUUAUGUUGCCCAGGACUGUACAGUUUACAAUUCUGACGUGAUUGAUAAGCAGACUGAUUCCGUGACGGCCGGAGAUGCACGUGACAAGGCUGUUAUUAUUUUAGUUCCUGUUAGACUUGGUGGAGAAAGGACCAAUACCGACUAUCUGGAGUUUGUGAAGGGUGUUUUAAGCCUUGAAUACUGUGUAGGUAUCAUUGGCGGCAAACCUAAACAGUCAUAUUACUUUGCGGGAUUUCAAGAUGACAGUUUGAUUUACAUGGAUCCUCAUUACUGCCAGUCUUUUGUAGAUGUCAGCAUAAAGGAUUUCCCUCUUGAGACAUUCCACUGUCCAUCUCCUAAAAAGAUGUCAUUUCGAAAAAUGGAUCCUAGUUGUACGAUAGGAUUUUACUGUCGAAAUGUCCAGGACUUUGAACGAGCAUCUGAAGAAAUCACUAAGAUGUUGAAAAUUUCCUCAAAGGAGAAAUAUCCACUAUUUACUUUUGUAAAUGGCCAUUCCAAAGACUUUGAUUUUACAUCUACUGCAGCCAGUGAAGAAGACCUUUUCUCAGAAGAUGAAAGGAAGAAUUUCAAAAGAUUUAGCACAGAAGAGUUUGUCCUUCUUUAAAGGGGAAGACAUUUGUGACAUUUGUGCUUCUGAGAGGCGCUCGAACACAGCAGAGUCGAGGAGCGCGAGUGAGCUGGAGACUCUAACGGAGCGCGUUCCUCGAACAGUACACAUUUGAAAACACCCAGACUAUAAAGGUAUUUUUCUGAAUACCUUUUCUAAAUGACUUGAUGGCUCUUGCUUUCCAGCGAUAAAUAACAAACGAUUCUGGUUGCAUUCCUGUUUCCCAAAGAUGUGCUAACGGAACACUACAUCAACUGCAAGCCUUUCAGUCCCCAGCAUUUUCUACCUGAGCCCAUUGGUCUCCUGAAGACUUUAUGAUACAUGUUUCCUCAAAGAUUCAGAUCACCAAAUUACUUUUAAAAGCCUCCCUUUGUAUUAAUGACAGGAGACUGGAUCUUCAGAGCUAACCAACCUCCUGCUCUUAACAUAACCAGAGGACGUUUUGGGUUUGCAUAACUGGAUAAUGAAAUGGACACAUAUAAUUAUGUAAGCAGGAUUUUAAGGCAAUACUUACCCAUAUGAUUUUAUAGCAGCUACUCUUUAUGCAUUUUUCAGAGUCUUCUAUGAGGAAUGAAUACAAAACACUUGUUUUCCCCUCCCUCCCUCCCUCCCUCCCUCCCUCCUUUCUUCCUUUCUUUCCUUCCUUCCUUCUUUAUUUCCUUUCUUCUUCCUUUCAGGACUGGGUCUGGGGAUUGAACCCAGGGCCUUGUAUAUGAUAGGCAUGUGUUCUACCUCUGAGCUGUCCUAAAGUAUUGAUUUUCUCUACAUAUUUAAAAGUUAAAUUUUCAGUAGUAUCUCUAUUUAUUUUAAUUAGGUAAAGGAAAUUACAGAAUUACUGUAGCUUUUGUUUUCAAUCUUAAAAGUGAAAUUUUAUGGAAAUCCAAUGUAUUACUUAAUUUUUAACUCAAAUGAUGAAUACAAGGAAUAUAUGGAUGCUUUCUGCUUUUACUGUUUGUGUAAAAUGGUGUCAUGGCAUUUAGGAGCUGAGACAUGUACAGGUUAAAUCUGCCUUAAGUGUGCUGUGAGUUUACUUAAAGACAAACUUGUGAUAUAAGAGUGUAAGAGCUAUCACCAAGCCAGGAUUAUAAAACAAAUACUUUAAUUAAAAACAUGAGAACAUAA